CACGUAUCAUUACCGCAGCGGCAGAUGUAGUGGUGGGGUGAUCAUGUGACGCGUGCAUUUCCGACACAACAAUACAACACCGUAUCGUUACAAUCCACGGCCCCACUCCCCACGCCUUUGCUCUCGGUAUGGCGGACGGCGAGAGGUCUCCGCUACUGUCAGACCUAGGAGAUGGCGCGCUCGGCAGCGGGAACGGCGGGGUGUCUCCCGGAGCGGCACCCUACGGUGCGCCCAACAAACCACAAAGCUUCCCGUCGUUCCCCAGUCCAUCCCAGCCCUCCGUGCUCCUAGGGGAGGACCCCCCACCCUACUCUCCGCUCACCUCGCCGGAGAGCGGCAGCGCCCCCGUCAUCAGCUGCCGCGUGUGCCAGAGCCUGAUCUCGGUGGAGGGCAAGAUCCACCAGCAUGUGGUGAAGUGCGGCGUGUGCAACGAGGCCACGCCUAUCAAGAACGCCCCGGCUGGGAAGAAGUAUGUGCGCUGCCCCUGCAACUGUCUCCUCAUCUGCAAAGUCACCUCGCAGCGGAUCGCCUGUCCCCGGCCGUACUGUAAAAGGAUAAUCAACCUAGGCCCGGUGCACCCGGGGCCGGCCAGUCCGGACCCUCAGCCCGCGGGGGCCCGAGUCUCCUGUGGACACUGCAGCAACACCUUCCUGUGGACAGAGUUCACUGACAGGACGUUGGCCCGCUGCCCACAUUGCAGGAAAGUCUCCUCUAUUGGUCAGAGGUACCCCCGGAGGCGGAGCUUGUGGUGUUUUCUUUUAUGCUUGCUGUUCUCCAUUGCGAGCGCUGGGCUGAUGGCGGGCACGUGGGUGAAGGCGCAGACCUACCCGGGUAUCUACGCGUCCUGGGUGGCGGUGCUGCUGCUGGCCCUGCUCACGCUGGGCCGGGCCUUCUACUGGGCCUGCAUGAGGGUCAGCCAGCCCCUCCAGAACUACACAUAGGGCCGCCUCUCCCCCCCCCACGCCCACCAGCCCAGCCCCGCUCCCCCCUUCCUGUCCCGCCUCCGUAGCCCCGCCCCCAAGGAGGAGGAGGAGGAGGAGCCAGCCGGGGGCGACAGAACCGGAAGGAGGACAGACAGCUUUAAAGAAAGAAAACGAAAAAAAAAAAAAACCUAUAAAGUCAUAUUUAUUUAAAUCCCGAAUCGUAGAUGAUCUCACCCUUCCUCCUAAUCAUUUUUUUUUUUUCAGUUUGUGAUUAUUAUUUUUUCAUGCAUUUCUGGAAAGACAAAAAGGCGAGGGAAAGGUGAGCGUCUGAGGGGGACCCCGGCUGCUAUGAGUGGGAGUUUACCUACGGUGAGUCUAGACCUGCGUUCAGAAUACUGUGCCAGUUGUAGGCUUUUAUUUAUUUAAACAUUUUAAACUCCUUCGGCUGGCUCUCCUCUCUGAGUCCUUCAGUCCAGGUAUAGUCCGGCGUCGAAUCGAACAGCCCGUGAGCUCUGUUAUACAGUCUUAAGAAACGACAUGGCCGACAAUUAUUACUUUGAAUUCUCCAUCACCGUUUCAAUGUUUGGACAUUUUUUCACCGGGCUAUUUGUCGGAUUGCUUUGCGUGGGACGUAAUAACCGAACUCUGAACAUCGAAAUGACUCAAGCGAAUUUGUGCCAGUAAUAAAAAAAGAACCCUGAAAGGAUUAAAAAAAAAAAAAAAAAAAAAAGCUUGGGAUAGGUGUUUACUUCUCAGUUUCAAACAAACAUCUGAGGAGAACGUUGCAGGGUGAGGGAGGGCGGGGAGGAGAAAGGCCUAUGCUAGAAGAAAUGGCAAGGUUUCCAGCUAUGCUGUGAUGUUUUCCAGUCGGAUUAGGCCCUGGGGACCCACUUUGUUCUAAAGAAGCUUUAAAGCCUAAACAAGGGGAACACGGUUGUGAGAAGGAUGUGAAGGAACGGUGUCAUGCAUUCGCAUAGAGGAAACGCAUAAACACGGGAAAACGAGGCAAACCACGAAUGCACACGAGUACGUCUUGGCACUCACCUGUACGUUUGUUAUUUGGGGGACAUGGGGGGGAAACGUAGCAUUCCCAGCCGUUAAGGGCAUCCAAAAGGUUAGGUGGGUCUGCUGGUUGUGUCUGUCCCUGCAAAUCCAAAUUAGGAGAACAAGUCGCAUGAUGCGCGGUUGGAGAUGUAACAUCGCCGACAUGCCCAGAGAAAGGGUUGGGGACUCACAGUGGUGCCUCCGCCGUGAAAUUACGUUGAAGCUUCCUGGUUGAAUAGUCCUUUCGAUGCGGAUUACAGAGUCCCCAAAUGCUAAAUUUACCGGGACGGCACCAUUUCUAGUCAAACAUAUUUUGUUGCACUGUCUGAGCAAAUGAAUGCCAAGUGAUGCCACAUGCUGGGGGGGUUCUUCAGCGAUUGUCAUGACUUGUUGCUAAGUUGAGCCCUCCCGUUGCAAUAACCUGUUUUGACCAGAGGUGGUGCUGUUCUGUUGGUAUUUGGUGCUGUGUUGGCUUGCAUUUUAGGUUGCAUUCAUUUGGACAUUUCCGUCCAAAUAUGAUAUAUUGAAUUGCCGGCCUGUCAAAACAUCCCGUAACAAUGUGCUCACCUGAUCCAACACUGUUAGCAGCUUGUCUGUCUUUCAGAAUGUGCUAGGUUUAAUUUUUUUUUUUUUUUUCCAAGGUGUUUAUUUUUGUCUUAAUUGUAAAUAUAUUUGUCGUCGAUGUGAAGUACGUGACUAAGCUAAUUGAGUUGCACUACUGUGCUUUUAACACUAUUCCUGUGACUGUUGGAAGAAAAGUUCUUAUUUAUUGUUUUAAAAGAGGGUUAUUUUUGCAACGCUUCUCUUGUUACAUAUUUAAUAAUUUGAUGACCUACUAACCUAUUAAGCCUCUGGACAACACUAUUCUAUGUCCAAAUCUGAGAGACACACACAAACACACACACAGGCACACACACGGUCUAGUCCUAGUUACAUGCAACACAGUGCUGAAUAAUGGCCCACUAACACAUUAUAAUAUACUGGCAUCCAGCACCUUACAGUGAAAACACUGCAUCUACUGAGACAAGUGGGUUGAAUGAAGGUAACGGAGGGAGCCGGACAAUACAGGCCUUGUUAUUCAUGAAAAUCACGCCCAGGCGAGACAAUUUCAACAAAUUCUCAAGGCCUUAAAUCAUAAUCGAAUAAAGAAAAAGAAAUCAGCAAAUUUGUUUUCCCUGAUGGCUUUAAUUUAACAGAUGUACCUGUUCAAUCAGCCAUGAGCCUUUAUUCUUUUCCUGAGAUGUCUUGGGCAAGAAAGAUAAUACAUUCAAUUGGGAGAGCCACUCAAAGGAGUGCGAUUUUUCAGGGAAAUCUAAGCAUUUAGUUUCUCCUGAAUAUUCCGCAACUGACUAGCUGAGGGGGGGGAAAAAAAGUAAUUGUUGUAAUAUUUCCUUCAUCUCAGCAUCGUGUUCUAAUUUUGUGACUAAAUAUUCAUGUUCACAAAUUACCCAGAACCUGGCUGAUACUCCUCAAGAUAUUGUUUACACACAAAUAAAGACAUAUUGUAUGACAA